CCAGUUAAAAGGGUGGGAGCGGCCGGGCUCCAUCAUCUCUCCGGGGGAGUCUUCACACAGCUGGUGCCGCAGUCCCAGGGAACAUCCUCCUGGCCUCAACCAUGGCUUGUGGUCUGGUCGCCAGUAACCUGAAUCUCAAACCUGGGGAGUGCCUCAGAGUGCGGGGCGAGGUGGCCCCCGACGCCAAGAGCGUUGUGCUGAAUCUUGGCAAAGACAGCAACAAUCUGUGCCUGCACUUCAACCCUCGCUUCGACAUCCAUGGGGAUGCCAACAUCAUUGUGUGCAACAGCAAGGACGGCGGGGCCUGGGGGACCGAGCAGCGGGAACAAACCUUCCCUUUCCAGCGUGGAAGUGUCAUGGAGGUGUGCAUCACCUUUGACCAGGAAGACCUGACCAUCAGUCUGCCAGAUGGAUACACAUUCAAGUUUCCCAACCGCCUCAAUCUGGAGGCCAUCAACUACAUGGCAGCCGAUGGUGACUUCAAGAUCAAGUGUGUGGCCUUUGAGUGAAGCCAUCGAGCCCAUGGCCCCCAAUAAAGGCAGCUGCCUCUGCUCCCCCUGAA